AUGUGUAAUGGCAGCUCCAUCACAGAGUUCCUCUUCCUGGCAUUUGCAGGCACGCGAGAGCUGCAGCUCUUACAGUUCUGGCUCUUCCUGGGCAUCUACCUGGCUGCCCUCCUGGGUAAUGGCCUCAUCAUCACAGCCGUAGCCUGCGACCACCGCCUCCACACACCCAUGUACUUUUUCCUCCUCAACCUUGCGCUCCUCGACCUGGGUGGCAUCUCCACCUCUGUUCCCAAAGCCAUGGCCAAUGACCUCUGGAACAUGAGGACCAUUUCCUAUGCAGGAUGUGCUGCACAGCUGCACUACGGGACCCUCCUGGGCAGCAGAGCCUGUGCCACCAUGGCAGCAGCUGCCUGGGGCAGUGGCUUUCUCAACGCUUUGCUGCACACUGCCAAUACAUUUUCAAUACCUCUCGACCGAAGCAAUGCCCAGGAUCUCUUCUGUGAAAUCCCCCAGAUCCUCAAGCUCUCCUGCUCAGACUCCUACCUAAGGGAAGCUGGGAUGAUUGUGCUUACUGCUUUUCUAAUGCUGGGGUGUUUUGUUUUCAUUGCUCUGUCCUAUGUGCAGAUCUUCAGGGCUGUGUUGAGGAUCCCCUCGCUGCAAGGACGGCACAAAGCCUUUUCUACGUGCCUCCCUCACCUGGUCAUUGUCUCACUGUUUGUCGGCACAGUCAUGUUUGCUCACCUGAAGCCCCCCUCAAUCUCUUCCCCUUCUCUGGACCUGGCGCUGGCAGUUCUGUACUCAGUGGUGCCUCCAGACGAAGGCAGCCCCUAG